AUGUGCGACGAAGAAGUGGCUGCACUCGUGGUUGACAACGGAUCCGGAAUGUGCAAGGUUGGCUUUGCUGGUGAUGAUGCUCCGCGCGCCGUCUUCCCGUCAAUCGUCGGUCGCCCUCGCCAUCAAGGGGUUAUGCCGGCUUUCACUCUAACUGGUCAGCACGGUUCCGGUGAUUGGUAUCAAUGGAGCGAAGAUGGCAAAUACAUUGUCUGUAGCGGGCUUGAUGGAACGAUGCGCGUUUUGUGUGGUCAAACCGGUGCACAGCUUCAUGUUUUGCGGGGACAUACGGAUUUGAUUCUAUGCAUCAGUCUACAUGGCACAACUCUUGUCUCUGGAUCGUACGAUCAAACACUCCGAGUCUGGGACAUUGUCGACGGGAAAUGCCUUCAAAUUUUGGCUGUCGAGGCGUGGGUUCGGUUUGUACAAUUUGAUGGAAAUCGGGUUGUAUUUGUUGGCCGUGGUUUUACCGUACACGUUUGGAAUGUACACACAGGGGAGUGCUUGCACAUGUUGACUGGUCACACGGAGACAAUCGAGACAAUCGCUUCACUUUUGUUUGAGCCAGAGCGCGAUCUUGUCGUGUCGGGCAGUCGUGACGGAACGAUUCGCGUCUGGGAUGUGCAAAGAGGAACAUGCAUCGCACGUCUUGUCUAUCUUCAAGGGUUAAGGUUCGAAGGUUAUGGGAAAUUUGGGAUGCAGCUUCGCAGAAACAUUUUGGUCCUCUAUUACGGCUCGGACAUUUGGUUUUGGGACAUUCGUGAGGGUGGCUCGUGCCUUCACCACUUACCCGGCCAAGCGUUGGACUUCAUCUCUUCAAUGCAACUGCUCGACUCCGGACUUUUGGUGACAGGUGCGGAUGAUGGCUCGGUGAAGCUGUGGGAUGUGGAAAAAGGUAUCUUUGUUCGUGAUCUCAUUCGUCUUCCAUUGGAUGAAUAUUGGAACCGUUAUCAUUGGAAUCUCAAAGCCUCUGAAACAUUACUCGUAUGUGGAGUCCAAUCGUUUGAGGAGACAAAGAUCAUCCUGAUCGAUUUUGACGCAUCAUAUCCA